AUGUUUUCUUAAAGAUUUCCUGCACUUGAUUAAAGUACUCCAAAAAUAUUAUCAAAAACAACAUUUAAGUUUGACAUUAAAUCGUAUAAGUCUUCAGAGGAUUAUGGAGUGAAAUAAUAAGGAUAAAGUGUUUAAACUAAAAGAUAAAAAACUUAGCCUAGUUUUAAAUAGACUCCAGUUUUUAAAAAAUUAGUGUAGAAGAAAUUAUUUAAUUCGUUGGUAAAUCCAAUUUAAUAAUUUGAAAUACCUAGUAAUUGGGAAUAAAAGUAUCAUGAAAAAGUAAUAUGAUUAAUUAUAUGAACUAAGGAAAAAGAAUGUUAAGAAUUAUUGGAUAAAAAUAAAGAGUAAUAGAAGUUGAUCGAAUAACUUGAAAGAAAAUAUUUAUCUUAAAAAUUAGCGUUUGAAAGUUUAAAAGAAGAGAAAUAGGAAGAUGAUGUGUUGAAUAUUCGAAAAUAAAUGAAUUAAUUAGAAAAUGAAUUAAAAGAGUAAUUAAAUAGAGCUGAAUAAUAAUUAUGGAAAACUUAAGAGUAAAAUUGUUCGAUUUUAGAAAAGUUUAAAUAAUUUGAAUUAAAAGCAAAGUUUUUACAAUAAUAAACAGUAAGAGAAAAAAAAAAAAAUUUAGAUUCAUCUUCAUUAAGCGUUGCUUUGUAAAUAUUGUGGAAAAUUAGUAAAUGAUGCAGUAACAAUAAUUCCUUGUGCUCAUACAUAUUGUGGUGAUUGUAAUAAGGGAUACUAAAAAAAAUGUUUUUUAUGUGGUGAUGAAGUAUUUAUUAUUAUGAUUAUAACAUUAUGUAGAGUAAAAUUGAAGCUACAUAUUAUAAUUAGUUUAUGAGUGAAAUAGUUAAAAUGUAUGAUACUUUCUAAAUAAUAGUUCAAAUAUUUUUAAGAUGA